AUGGCCACAAUGAAUUCCACCAUCCUCGGUGCUUUCAGCCAUCCCGACACCUUCUCGACCGUAUUCGACGAGGUCACCAAGCAGAAUGUCCAGCUCAACGUUAUCGAGCGCCUGUGGGCCGCUUGGUACUUGUGGAUGCAGAACGACACAUUGGCGACGGGAAUCAUGAGCUUCCUCAUUCACGAAGUUAUCUACUUCGGCCGGUCCAUUCCCUGGAUGAUCAUCGACCGCAUCCCCUAUUUCAACAAGUAUAAGCUUCAGAAUCAAAAAAUACCGACGUUCAGGGAACAGAUGGAAUGCGCCAGCCUCGUACUCCUGAGUCACUUCACCGUCGAACUUCCACAGAUCUGGCUCUUCCACCCGAUCGCCACCUACUUCGGCAUGUCCUACGACGUUCCGUUCCCUUCGCUUGGCAAGAUGGCCUUCCAUAUCGCUGUCUUCUUCGUUCUGGAGGAUACAUGGCAUUACUGGUUCCACAGGGCUCUGCACUACGGCCCUCUAUACAAGAUGAUCCACAAGCUGCACCACACAUACUCUGCACCCUUCGGUCUGGCUGCCGAGUACGCUUCGCCCAUAGAGGUCAUGCUCCUCGCUUUGGGAACUGUUGGAGCCCCUAUACUAUGGGUUUCUCUGACUGGUGAUCUCCACCUCUUCACCAUGUACAUGUGGAUUGUCGGGCGUCUCUUCCAAGCCAUCGACUCCCACAGUGGGUACGACUUCCCCUGGAGUUUGCACCACUUCCUCCCCUUCUGGGCCGGUGCUCACCACCAUGACGUCCACCACGAACGCUUCAUCGGCAACUACUCGUCGAGCUUCAGAUGGUGGGACUUGAUGCUGGACACGGAGUCAGGCCCGGAGGCUGCUAAGCGCCGUCGCGACAGAAAGCUCAAGGCCAUGAAGGCUAAGAAAGUAGCAUAA